AUGUGUGCUCCUCGGUCCGUUUACCCCUGGGACAUUGUAAUUGUUCGUGAAGGCAAGAAGCUUUUCUUCGAUAAGCGGGAGGGCAGCCAACUAGACUUUGUCUCGGUCAAUGAGAAUGCUGCGGAUCCACCGCUGGAGGCUAGUGAAGGAAAUAAGGAUUCCAUCAACGCACCACACGCACUUUCUAUGGAAGCUACUUUCAUUAACCAAAAUUUUGCUAUCCAAACAGUGAACGAGGAGUCAAAGUACGACUUUGAGAACCCCAACCCUUUCUACAACGAGGAGGACACCGAGCCACUUGGUUCUAAAGCCUACAAAUACCGGCGUUUCGAUUUGUCCCUAAACGAGGAGGAGCCGGUACACCUUAUUGUGAGGACAGAGCUGGAUGCCGUCAUGAAGACUCCUAGCGGAGAAAACAUGUUCCUCACCGUCAAGGCACUGAACGAAUUUGAUGGACGUGCGCAGGGAAGCGGAGGAGCACUCGAUUGGCGUGCAAAGCUCUCUUCCCAGCGUGGCGCAGUCGUGGCGACGGAAAUGAAGAACAACUCCAGCAAGCUCGCCCGCUGGACUGCCCAGGCCAUCCUUGCGAAAGCAGACGUGAUGAAGUUAGGAUUUGUCUCCCGUGCAAACCCCAAGGAUAACAAUCGUCACGUAAUCCUCGGUGUCGUCGGGUACAAGCCCCGCGAAUUCGCUAACCAGAUGAAUCUGAACCUCUCUAAUGGAUGGGGUAUUGUUCGCACCAUCGUUGACAUGUGCAUGCACAUGCCCGAGGGCAAGUACGUACUUGUCAAAGACCCCAAUAGACCCGUGCUUAGGUUGUACGAGGUCCCACCGAACACUUUUGAGGAGCUUGAGGAUAGCAAAACUGCUGGCGGGGAUGGGGAUUAGUUUUUUUCUUCUUAAUCUUGAGUUUAAAAGUUUUUAUUUGAAUACAAAGGGUUUUUCUUCUUUUUCUCUUUCUUCUCUUGUGACGAUUUGUUGAACCAAAGAACAUUAGUUAGAUAAGUGGGGGGGUUUCCGGGUUGUUGCCAUCUCUGGUGCCCAUCCCACUAUGAUACCAAGUAAUUGGCUACGGUGACUUGGGGGUGGAAAAAUUAAAAAAAUACAGGUAAAAAA